AGCUUAGACUUGAAUCUUGUCAAUAAAAAAUGAUGUUGCAAAACAAUUUGAAGAAAUUUUAAUCUAUUAUGAAAAGAUAAAAUAUAGCGAAUAUAUAAAGAAAAAUAUAAAAUAUAUCGUGAAAAAAGUAUACGCCUACGUUCAGAUAGACCUAUAUUUGUUUUGACGGAAUGUUUUCUUGGUUAUUUUACAUCCCACAGAUAAUCAGAAAACGAAUAUUUUAAUCUACGAUAUGUCGUACAAGGAUACGACAAAUCAAAAUUAAAUUUUACUUGUUUAUUUACAUUGGGUUUAGUUGAAUUCGAGACAAGUGAAUCAUAGUUUUGUCCAAGAAUUUGUUGAUUCUCUCUCUUUUUUCACGUUUUUCUUUAUAUUUGAUGUGACCUCUGAGUAAUACAAUAGAAAUUUAUAUCAUAAUUCUUCAAUUAUGUAUGUACAUAGAAUAUUAUUUUGCGCAUAUCAUAUAAUUUAGAAGAUUCAAUUUCUUACUCUAUCAUUUAUUAUUCAUAUUUUUAUUUCGUUUGAAUAUAUUUAUUCGAAGAAAGAUUGGUUAUAUGAUAGAAGUGAUAUUGUCUUAAAUAUAAUUGAUGUUUCAAACGUUUUUUUGCAAUGAAAUUUGAUAUUUAUAAAAACAUUUUGAAGAUUAUUUCUCUCGCAUUGAUUCAUAUCAAAUCAUAAAUAUCUUAUACUUGAUAAUCAUAUCAUAUCUUGCGUCACGUUCAAUUUUAUUUUUAUCAUUUCGACCAAUAGUAAGUACUUUCCAUUUAUAGAAUUUUUUUUAAUUAUCUUUUUCUUCAAAUAAAUAUUCAAUCAAAUCAAAUUUUAUGUAUAAUUAAAAAUUGAUAAAUAAAUUUAUUUUGAAAACGCAGAAAUAUAUAUCUAAGAAUUAUAUAUAUUGUUACAAAAUUUAUAACUAUGUUAGAAUAUUAAAUAUAUUUUAUUAAUUUAUAUUUGGAUAAUUAUAAUUUUUUACACUAUUAUAUAUAAAAUCAUAUAUCUUAUCAUAUAUAAAACAAUAUAAAUUAUACAUAUACGUAUGUAUAUUUUAUAUACACAUAUAUAAAACUUAAUUAGUUUCAUGUCUUGAAAUUAGUCACUUAUAAAACUGUCUAAUCAAUCAUCAUUGCCAACUUAUCGAAUUAAAUAAAUUUAUAUUAACUUAUAUUUAAUUGUAAAAAUAUUAAAUUCAAUUUGAUAAUUUUGUUAUUUUCAAAUUCAUUAAAUAUUUAUCAUAAUAUUUUAAACUCUGACAAACCAUUUCUGUCGAGUCUGAAUUAAUUUUUCAUACGAUGGCUGUGUAAUAUAUUUUGCUGGUAAUGCGUGUAGGUAAUAUUUCUGUCGAACAGUAUUUGGUAUACAUACAAAAGCGAAAGAAAAGAGCGGGAGAGAAGAGACAGAAAGAUAGAAAGAGUGAAAAAGAGAGAAAUAAUGUGUGGCACAGUGUAAGUUAAACGCAUACGAGGGGAUGGCUAGCCUGGCAAUUUAAAAAAGGAACGCGAUGCCCUCGGUGUUGGUGGGUCGAAUGGUUUUUGUACACUUUCUCGGAUCUCGGGGAGUACAGCAUGGCAACGCCGCGACCUACCAUGUUUCUUCCCUCGUUUGUCUCUCGACUGUUUCGUCUCUCUACCAAAGACGCGACAAAUAUCAAAGGCAAGAAGACACCACGAUGACAAAGCUCUGCGAAUGUUCUGACAUUGCGUGAGGAAUAGAAAGAAAGAAGGAGAGAAAGAGACGAAAAGAAAGAAAGCAUGCGCGUGAAAAAGAGAGGCAAAGAAAACCGUUGAUCGGUUUAGAGACAAGAUGAUUCCUGUUUCGCCAAAUAUGUUUUCUGCAAGAAAAGCUGACAUACGGGUCUAUACAUGCCGUGACCUGGAGGAACGUCUGCCCGCAUCUGGAAACCCAACGGCAGCUCCUCGAAAGAUAUUAUAUUGCUCUCUCGCCAGAGUUGAAACAAUAGACACUUCAGCUUCUCGAAGGACAGUUUAUAUACGGUGUCUUAUAAAAUCAUAAUAGUUUUUCAACCGGAUUUUUUAUUCUUAAAUGCACGUAGACAUAUCCGAAUGGAAACAUCCCUAUGUUUGCACGGAAGUCGGUUGGACACUUUAAAAGCCGAAACCGAUCACGAUCCUUUUCUAAGGUUCACUGAUGAUGGUCAGAUGAUUAUUUCUAAAUUAGUCAAUCUCUCAUAAUAUACCAGCAGUUUUUACGAGGAUGCAACAAGCUUAAUCUUCCAUAACGAUUCAUUGAAUUCUGUUUGAAAUUUAAUAAUUCAUUGGCUAAUAUGAUUUUUCUUUCAAAAGUUAGUCUUUCAGAUAAACGAGCCAACAAAUUAUAUUUUAUGUCGCUUCAGAUCGAUAGGCAUCUAUGAGAUAAAAAUUACUUGCUAUCAAUUGGAUCAUUGAAUAAGAAUUGUAAGUAUUGUUGAUAUCAUAGUCGAAAACAAAAGGAAGAGAGAAUUUUGUUGAUCGUUUUCGGAGAAAUCCUUGAAAUUAUAUCAGACGAUAUUAUCAUAAAUAUUAUCAUCAUACAAAAUUCGAAUUCUCACGAUAGAAUCAUUUUUAAUUGGUAUAUUUUCUUUCUUGAGAAAUCUUUCUAUACCUUUGAUGAAAAAAAUGUAAAAUUCUCCCUUAUUAAAAAGUUAUUGGCACCUUGCAGAGGGUUAAAAAAAGCCGAAUUUUGAGGCACUUUAUAACGUAUAGUAGGAAUAUUUCGUACACAAAGAGCCGUGAGAGUCGAUGGCGGUUCUCGAGCACUUUUCCACCUACCAUCUGUCGUUUGGGCUUCCAGCCGGAGUAACUUGAUCUUUGUAGAAACCAGGGUUCGAAAACCUCCUACGUAUAUACGUUAGUGUCUGUAGAUUCUCGCAUCCCCUUACGCGCGUGAAGAUUUUUUAAAAAAUUGCACUUCUCAUUUAUAUUUUGCUAAAUUAGUCUAUCUUUGUUAUUUUUUUCUUUUUAUUUACAUUCCAUUUUCUAUUCUUUUUUUAUCAGAAUUCUUUGGAUAAACAGAGAAAAUUAUGGAAAAUAAUUGAGAUAAUUCUGUAAGGAAAAAAGCUGUAGAAUUAUGCGUGACAUCCGUUUAGAUACGAGCAACAGGCACGAUAUUUCUUGCAUUUUAGAGCAACGGAGGCGAAUGGAAAAAGGAAGAAUUGGUUGGAAGAGCAAAAUGGAUAUGGAAUCCCUGUACGACUACGGGGAGGAGGAACAGGAUUUCUACGAGGAGAGUCCUGGUACCAGGAAAGGUUAUCCGAUCGAUCACAGAUCCAUCAAGCGGGAUGCUAGAGGCGUGGGCAGUUAUCUGGGAGGCGGCAGCAUUAGCGACGGUGGCGGCAUGUUGACGGGUAUGGCGAAGUUGAUGAAACAAGAGCUGGCCUCUGACGCCGAGGAAGAGGGCCUGGUGCCUGCCCUCUCCGGCAGGUUCACCUCGAUGCGGAAAGUGCCCUCUCUCUCCGACCUAUCCGAUCCAGAGAGCUCCUUGGAUAUACCGGCACAAGUGCCGCCGUUAACACCUGGGACCAACAAGAAGAUGACCGAGGCCCUGGAGGCCUCUUUCGCCUCCUGGGAGAAGGAACGAGUCCGCCUCAACAUAACCAAAGAUCCGAGGCAAUGGUCGGAAGCAGCUGUCGCUCACUGGUUGCACUGGGCCAUCGGUGAGUUCUCCCUCGCGGGUGUAGCGAUACAACCCUGGCAGAACAUGACCGGGAAACAGAUUUGCGCCAUGGGGAAGGAAUCCUUUCUGGCACGUGCUCCGGCCUUCAUGGGCGAUAUCCUGUGGGAACACCUCGAGAUACUUCAAAAAGAUGUCGACGCGGCGAAGGCCUCGCUGGAGAACGUGGCGGGCAACAUGUACGAAAGCGUAUGCGUGCCGGAUUUAGGUGAUUUCUUGGGAUACCAGAGCGGCGGCGGCGGUGGUCACCAGGUCGCGACGCCGGAACACAAGAGUCCAGCGACGCCAGCGAGUUCCGCAACCUCGAACUCGUCGGGCCCGCAAAACGGCGGAAACCAAGCGGGGGCCCCGUUGCAACCACCUUCCGCCUCGGUCUCUCUGCCCUCGAGACAGUAUCAUAACGAUGGAGGUUACAAUCAUUUACGCAGUCCCGUGUGCCAAGACGAGAAUCAGAGGGAUGAAACCUCGCCGCCACCCCACAGCCAUAACACUCAACCGCCCAACUCUCAUUCCAGUACUCCGAAUAGCAACAAUAACAAUAACAAUAAUAACAACGCGAACAACGCGUAUAUACAUCUACGGAACUUAAAUCAGCUCAAAACGGAGUCGAACUACAGCAACCACCAUAUAACGGAACACCUCCAAGGGGGUGGAGCAGGUUUGACGAGCGGCAACGAUCUCGCGGGUACAGGGACCAACGAGAGCGAUUUGAGGGUUAGCCAAGCCGCCACGGAGAGCUACAUGACUCCGGCCAACUAUUCCGGAUACGAUGAAGCCUCCGAGUAUCAUAGCUUGCCGCAGGAUCACCAACCGCCGCAUCCUUUUAAUCUCGACGGCUCGCCGGAAUUUUACAGCACCAGUGGAAUUCAUCUCGAGCCCAAGUAUCAGCAAUCGCCCUUUAAAAAUUAUCCUCGAGGUCGAUACCACGAGGGAUACAGUGAGAGCGGUGGAUACGGGCAAUACGACGCGACGCCAUUCCAAACGGUUCCAGGAAGCGGAAGCGGAGGUGGAGGUGGUGGCGUUGGGGGUGAUCAAUGGGGAGUGGGCCCUCUCGAGCACUUGUCCCAUCAUCCGGCGUUCCUAGCCGGCCUUGGCCCGAGGGACUCUUCCAAUCCGCAUCAUCCUUCGUCUAUCGGAAAUAAUCCUGAUCAGAAGCCUCUGUUGCAGAGCGCGAUGAUCCCUGGUUAUACGAGCAGUGGACCUUGCUUUACCGGUUCCGGUCCCAUUCAACUUUGGCAGUUUCUGUUAGAGUUGUUAACAGAUAAAUCAUGCCAAGGCUUUAUCUCGUGGACCGGCGAUGGAUGGGAGUUUAAGCUGACUGACCCAGACGAGGUGGCACGUCGCUGGGGCAUCCGCAAGAACAAGCCUAAAAUGAAUUACGAGAAGUUGAGCCGUGGUCUUCGUUAUUAUUACGACAAGAAUAUUAUACAUAAAACAGCCGGCAAACGAUACGUUUACCGUUUUGUCUGUGACUUACAGAGUCUCUUAGGAUACAGUCCGGAAGAGCUCCACGCAAUGGUAGAUUUGAAGCCAGAGAAGAAGGAAGAAGACUGAGUUUUUGUUACGAGACGUGUUUGAGGACUGUGUCGUUUUGCUAAAUGGAAAAAAAAAAAAAAAAAAAAAAGAAAAGAAAAAAAAAAGAAAGGAAAAGGAAUACGAAUAAUUCCUUGGUAUCGCACUGGAACAAAGCUGAAACUGAUAUUGUAACAAACAACAAUGUGAAACGAAACGAAGGAACGAGUAACUGGUGUAUCGUUAAACGAAAGAAUUCUUCUAAUGGCUAGAAGAUGAAUCGAGUGAUGUCUUCUAACGUUCAGAUAUAUGAUAAAAUAGAAUCGGUCGUAUGUACCAAAGACAGGGUCUGCAUACCAUUGGUGCCUAAAGUUAAUGACUAAAAAAUUGUGAAUUUGUUUCUAAGUGAUUAAUUUGCCAAGCCAGAUUUUAGAAGAUAUUUAUAGGAAAUAACUCAACAAUUUAUACAUAUUAUAUAUAUUAUACAUAUAAAUAUAUAUAUAUAUAAAUAUAUAUAAAUAUAUAUAUAUUUUUAAUGUUACAUGGUUUCUAAGCACUACGUCGAGCACACGAUAUAUCUAAAUUAUUUAUGUCCUAUCAUUUUAAACAUUUUUGCGUGUUAUAUCUCGUUGAUAAAUAACACCAUAUGUGAUUGUUAUUACUAUAAUUUUACUACAAUGAAGCCAUUAUAUGAUUAUUAUAAACGGCGAGCUUUCAAUUCGACGUUUAAAUGCUUUUCUACGUGUAGAUUAUUACUAAGUUUUUAGUAUUAAAAAUAUUAUUUCUGAGCUCGCUUGGCUGCAACAAAUGUAAGACGAAUUUUCUUUUAUAUUACUAUCGAUUUCCCUUAUUCCUAUUCACUUCCUCGGUAUUUGAUAUACGACCAGUUCCAGAUGAAUAAUAUCGAAAGAUUUCUUAAGUGUGAAGAAAGUAUACUAUUAAUUUUGCUAUAAAUUGUAUGUUUGGAUGUGUUUCUUUUUUUUUUUUUUUUUUUUUAACGAAAUCAUUUCGUUUCGUUGAUCUCUGUAUUUUUUUAAUGAUCAAAAAAAAAAUUUGUUUCUCGAAGGAAGGAGCGACAAAUACAAAUAAUGUUCAAGAUUAUAAUUAUAUAAACCAGUAUUUGUAGUAGAAUACAAUAGUCGUUUUUGAUAUUUAAGCAUUUAUUUUUAAUACAUUGCUAAAGUUUUUGUGUAUAUUAUUAAAAUUUCAUUUUUUUUUAAAUUUGAAUUAUUAUCUAUUGUUAGUUUUUUUUUUUUUUUUUAAGGUGAAAUAAAUUUAUAUUUCUUUACUAUUUUAAAUACCGUUUUACGCACAAGAGGAAAAUGUCGUCUGCUUUCCUGGAGAAAAUUUCGUGUUAAAAUCUUCUAAAUUUUUCAGAAACCCGUAACACUAUCCUUUCGCGAAAGAUAGCAAUAAUUAAAAUAUAAAUGUUCUUAAGUGAUAUUUUAUAAUUUUUGUUGUAUAUAAUGUGUACACGUCUAAAAACACUGGAGUACGCGUGUGUAGAAGAAAUUUAACUAUAAUGUUAUAACUAGUUGCGUAAUUUUCAUCGUAUUUGGACGAACAUUUUCUACAUUGUAAAAAUGUUAUUUUGUUGGACGCAAUAAUUAUUAUAAUAAUAUCGUUUAUAUUGAUAUAUAUAUGUGACGAUGGAUAGAAAAAAGAUAAAUAAAGAAAUUUCUUAGACGCGUUACGUAUCUAUAUACGUAUAUAAUUACGUAUUUUAUAUAAAUUAAAUAUCUUUAUUAAUUGUGUUUGUUAAAUAUUUGGAUCGAGAGAGCGAGAGCGAGAGCGAGAGCGAAAGAGAGAGAGAGAGAGAGAGAGAGAGAGAGAGAGAGAGAUGAUAAUGAAACGUAAAGUAUGAUUGAACGAUAUCUAUAACAAAGAUUAUAAAAGAAAGACUCGUAGAUCGAUGAUUGAUUACGAAAAAAAAUUUUGUUAAUCGCAAGAUAUGAGAUCUUGACACAUCCGUCACGAUUGUUAAGUUUUCUAUGUGUAACGGAAUAUUUAGACACGUUUAUGGAUUAUCAACACGUGCUUAACAGUGUAAAAGUUUCAAAAAAACCGUAACUCACAAACAAAGAUCAAAUAAAUUAACGAAACUAUUAUAAAUAUGUAUUUCGAUUACAUGCAAAUAUUUAUGAAGAAAUAUGUAUGAUUGCUAUAAUUCGCAUAAAUCUUUCUUUUAUUGCACGCGACCAAACUUUUGUAAAUUGUAUGAAUACUCUUAGUCGAAUUAAGCAGAAAACAAAAAUUAAAACUGACACAUACUUUGUAUGUAAUUGCAUUCGAUCAUCGUUUUCAAUAAUAAUAAUGUGAAGUUACAAAAGUGACAUGUGAAAAUUUUUCAGUAGUUACAAUAAAAUAAAAAAAUUUUUAUAAA